AUGAAUCUGAACCUCCACCAGAGUGUGCACAAGCGGAGGGCUCAGAAGCACCGAGGCUCACCGAGAGAGGACGUACCGUGCCCUGCGUGUGGCAAGUGUUUCAAACAGCAAUCCCAGCUGACCUGUCACUUCAAGAUCCACACCGGAGAGAGGAGCCAUCUCUGCUUCCUGUGUGGGAAGAGUUUCGCCAGAGAGUUUGACCUCCGGGUGCAUCUCAGAGUCCACUCUGGAGAGAAGCCCUACCAGUGCCACGAGUGUGGCAAGAGCUACAGGUACAGAGCAGGCAUCCGGUCACACAUGCAGCAGAUGCACCCUGGGAAGCCGAUAGUGGAACCAACCCCACCCAUCCCCAUGGGCCCUCGCUACGGCAAUGGAGGAAGUGGUCCUCCUACAUCCCUCAUCAGAAAGGAUCCUGGUGACCAAUCCAGCCCCAAAGCUAUAGAGGCCCAGGGUCCUGAUACAAGCCAUGGCAGCAAGGCGUCAGUCAAAAGCGCCUCGGUUGAAGGCCAGAGCUGA